CACCUUUGUUUUAAGCAGCUGUCAAGUCCUCCCAGUAAGAUGUCCUUGGAGAAGAUGAAAGAGCUUCAGCUGGAGGAAAAAUUUCUACACCCAGAAACUAGAGAAGUGAAUGGAAUCCUCAUGGCCAAAAUGAUUAGUGAUAAUUGGGACAAAAUCUGGAAUUUCCAAGCAAAACCUGAUGAUCUCCUCAUUGCAACCUAUGCAAAGGCAGGCACAACCUGGACACAGGAGAUUGUGGACAUGAUCCAAAAUGAUGGGGAUGUGCAGAAGUGCCAGAGGGCCAACACCUUUGACCGCCAUCCUUUCAUCGAGUGGACACUGCCCCCACCCCUCAACUCAGGUCUGGAUCUGGCUAACAAGAUGCCUUCUCCUAGAACUCUGAAGACUCAUCUGCCUGUUCAGAUGCUACCACCUUCCUUCUGGAAAGAAAAUUCAAAGAUUAUCUAUGUGGCUAGAAAUGCCAAGGACUGUCUGGUCUCCUACUAUCAUUUCUCAAGAAUGAAUAAAAUGUUGCCUGACCCUGGUACAUGGGAGGAAUAUGUUGAGACAUUCAAAGCUGGAAAAGUGCUUUGGGGUUCCUGGUAUGACCACGUAAAGGGAUGGUGGGAUGCAAAAGACCAGCACCGCAUUCUCUACCUCUUCUACGAGGACAUGAAGGAGGACCCAAAGCGGGAAAUUGAGAAGAUACUGAAGUUCCUGGAGAAAGACAUAUCAGAGGAAAUUCUGAAUAAAAUCAUCUAUCACACCUCGUUUGAUGUAAUGAAGCAAAACCCAAUGGCCAACUAUACCACUUGGCCCACCAGCAUUAUGGAUCAUUCCAUCUCCCCUUUUAUGAGGAAAGGGAUGCCUGGAGACUGGAAGAACUAUUUUACUGUGGCCCAGAAUGAAGAAUUUGACAAGGACUACCAGAACAAGAUGGCAGGAAGCACCCUAACCUUCCGCACAGAGAUCUGAGAGCAGUCAGGGAGUCUGCCCUGGACUUUCUUACCAGAUUUUUGCCAUUUGAGCCUCAUGAUCAAGGAUACUUAAAACAAAGACAUGCUUCCUCCAGUCUGAAGCUGUCACACACUAGCUGUAGAUCCUAUGCCACUGUGAUAAUACUUCAUCAAAAUGUAACCAAAUCCUGGGUAGAGUUUUUAAUUAAGAUACAUGAUCUCUCAUUUAGACACCAAACACCUAAUGUACUCGCCUGUCCUAAGGCAAAAUAAAGGCAACUUAGUUCCAUCACUAGUUUACAAUAGUGAAAUAAAUAAAACGAUAAAUAAGAGUAGAAUUUCUACGUAAGAGAAAGUGAGCAAGAGAAGAAUGAGGAUGAGAAGUGGGCACCAGGGAGAAUGUGAGGGGGAACUGGUUUUUAUUUUUAAAUGUCGGGAAUGAGAGGCAGAGGAUAGUCUUACUCUUGAAGAUAUUAGAUUAGGAGGUGCAGAGCAUGGCAUGAAGGAUGGAAUGCUGUGAGCUGGGUUUGACUUAGGUGGCUUCAAGCUGAAAUGGUCCCCCAAAAAAAGACAAAGGCCACAGGAGAGCGAUGAGGAACACAAGAGGAACAAGAAACAGCCUACUUCCAUGGUCAACACAAGGCUGGAAAGCAGAGAAAGAUUUUAUCUUUCAGAUGGACUUCUGAGAGAGAGAGGAAGUCUUCAGUGAGCUCAAGAGAAAAAUAAAAUAAAAUAUUCAGUAACUCAUGCACAUUAAGAAAACCUUAAAUUUGACAUCUCUUUGGAAAAUCGUUUUUUAUACUUUUUUUAAAAAGGGCUCUUAGCAAAACUGUCAGCACUGCCAAGUUCUUCAGCUGUACUAAUGAUUAUGUUCUUUUCCUUCUUUUUAUUAAAACCUGUACCAAGAAAAUAUCUGCCAUCAUUUAUGUGAGCUAUACAAAGAUCCACGUAUUAUUAUUUUUUUAAUGUCAGGAAGGUACAUUUUGUGGGAUAGGUGAUUUCCUUAUCAUUAAACCAUAAAACACAAAAAAUUAUCUACUCCACCCAGUAACAAAGUAUACCCCUUUGCAUUUUUUCACCAUUCCCUCUCUAGGGUAAGCAUGUAAAUCAUUAACCACAUGACAAAUAUCCCAGUAUAGUAUUUAUGUAGAGUUCCAGCCCGCGCUGAGGAAAGAUAUGGUGAACUGAACCAGCGUGAUUCAAUAGCAAAUAAAUUUUUAUCAGGAACAACCACACCAAAUGUCUUGGGUUCAUGUUCUAAGAGCUGCCUAACAAUUUAGAUAGCAAGCACAUAAUCACAUAAUGACUCCCUUUGUGACUAUGAUAGAAACUGGACACAUGGGCAGUAUUGAUCAGAAU